UGAUGAUCAUAAAUACUGUUAUCAUUUCAAAUUUUUAUCAACAAAAUUUUCCGAAUCGAUUCGAUAAAAAUGUGGCCUUAAAAUUCCAAUUACAAAUGAAAAAUUUAUUUAUAUUUUUAUCAUUUACAACGAUUGUGAUUAUUGAUCAUUCAUUUCAUUUUGGAUACUGUGAUGCAAAACAAUUGAUUUCAUCAACGACUCCAGCGUCAACGUCAACAAAGACAACGACUACGAAGACGACAACAACAACAUUGUCACCAAAACCUGAACAUAAAACAUAUCCUGAUCAGAAUGUACUUGUCGGUCGUAUUGCACAUUUACCUUGUCAUUUAGCUGGACAUCCAUUUUUUAAUGAUGAUAAAGAACCUGUACAAGAAUCAGAAGAUGAUCCACCACCACUACCAUCAUUAUUACAACUGCCUGAAUUAUCAGUACAAUCCAAAAAACAACAACAACAAUCAUCAAUGACAACAACAAAUAUACAAUCAUCACAACCAUUAGAUAUGAUACAAUUAAUACUUUGGUAUCAUGGUGAUGAUAUAUCUGGUUCACCAUUUUAUAGUGUUGAUGCACGUUUACAACAACAACAAUCAUCAUUAUCAUCAUCAUCAUCAUCAUCGAUAAAUCAAAAUGAUUUAUUCAACAAUUCUAAUCAACAUCAACAACAACAACAGAAUCCAAUUACAAAUCAAUGGAAACAUUUUCUUAUGGAUCCAUAUAAUGAACGUGCCAAAUUUGUUGUUAAUCAACAUACUAUUUAUAAUAAUAAUCAACAACAAUCAUUAACAAAAUCAAUGUUUGAACAAUCAUCAUCAGGAAAUAUUCUAAUCAAUCCAUUUAUGUUGAUUAUUGAUCCAGUUAAAGAACAAGAUCAAGGACUUUAUUGGUGUCGUGUUGAUUAUCGUUGGACACGUACAACAAUAUCAAAAGUAAUGCUCAAUGUAUAUGUUCCUCCAAAAACGUUGACAAUCUAUCAAUCAUCAAUGAUUUUUUCAACAUUUCGUAACAAUAACAACAAUACAGAUUUUAAUUUAUCUUAA